AUGUUUUAUUAACAAUUUACAAUUUGAAACCUGACUUAUUUUUGUAAGCACUUCAAAAAUAAAAAGUACUAAAAGUGUAUUAUUAACGACGUGACGAUAAAAUUUUCAAAAUCACGUGACAACUGCCUGCUUCGUCGGCCGCUUAUAUAACGCCAGUUAAUCCGGAAUACUUCGAGUUUUUGGGCUUUGAACUUAGACGUGUUGUUUCAAGUGCUAACAAUGAGUAAUUCAGACUGGAGAGAUUCAAACAAAUCAUUGUCGGAGAAGAUAAAACACAUAUUUCAAACAUUUUUAUACACUGAUGUAGUACUUGUUGUUUGCAAUGGGACUGAGAAAAAGGAAUUCAAAGUGCACGAACUGAUUUUACGUUUGGCGAGUAAUGUCUUUGAUGUAGCAUUAAACGGCCCGUUUAAAGAGAGUUCAACAAAAACUAUUGAAAUACAUCAAAUUGAUCCUGAGAUCUUUAACUUAUUUUUGGAGUUCAUUUAUUUUGACAAAGUGCUCCUUACAUCUGUUGAACAAUCGAUAGAGCUGUACAAUGUUGCACAUAGAUAUAUGACAUUACCUCUAAAAGAAUUCUGCUUGGACUACAUCAGGACAAGUCUUGACACAUCCACAGCAUGCUUAGGGAUUGAAUUUGCUGAGUUUUUCAUCAUUGAAGAUCUCAAGUUGGACUGCUUAGAAAUUAUUCAAGAAAGGACGGAAUGUGUAGUAUCAAAUCAAAACUUCCUAAAUGCGACAAAAGAAACUGUGAUAACAAUUUUAAGCCAAGAUUCAUUGAAUAUUAGGGAAAUUGAACUGUUUAAGGCUAUUGAAAAGUGGAUCAGGAAUAUGGUGAGCAGAGAAGGUGAGCAAAUAAAGCAAGAUCUUUGCAAUACUGUCGUAACCAAAAUACGUUUUUUGAACAUGACUCCUCAGGAAUUCACAGAAGGUCCGGUUAUUAGCGGCUUGCUUAAAGAUAAUCAGUGGCCACCGAUUCUUGCUCAUCUUGCUUCGGACGAAUGCCCUCUAGCAUUCCCUGAAGGGUUUGACAGAAACUAUCGGUGCCAGUUUGAUCACUCAAAUUCAAACUUGAGUGAAUAUGGGCGGAUAACUCCAUACAGGUGUAACUACGGACCCACGUACCAUCACAACAAAAAGCAUUUAAGGAAAAGAGAAUAUCCUUGAUUCCAACUAAGACAUUUAUCGGAGAUGAUCGAGAUGAAAAGCUAAAGUACAAUCUAAUGAGAAAACAAUCUUCAGUGAUGUUCUAAAUAACCUCAAUGAGAUUUUUCAACAAUGGGAAUUAAAAAAGUCCAUAUUACAAGUUGAGAGGCUUAAACAAAAAUUGUAGAUUAUAUAUUGGCAAGAAGCUGUCUCAUUCCUCAUAUAAGGGGCCUAUUUUUUAUGCAAUAAAUAUAACAUACCACUUAGA